AUGGCCGCCUUUGUGUUCUUCACAUUUUUAGCUCUUUCGUUGGGAAACAGAUUUUAUAGAAAGUCCGACGAUGCGGUAUAUUCCACUGUGACUGAUGCGGAGUCGACGCAUAACACUUUAGAAGUCGUUUUUAGACACAAAACCAAAUGCUCCGACCCAGUCAAUAUGGGCGAUCUCAUUUCAGUCCAUUACAACGGGACAUUAGAAGAUGGAAUUAUGUUUGACACGACUUCAAUCAAAGACGAACCAUUUUCGUUCCAAAUUGGUGCUAAAAAGGUGAUUCCAGGGUGGGAACAAGGCUUGUUGGGGACUUGUGCGAAUGAUGAAGUUACUUUAACAAUUCCUCCACACUUGGGAUAUGGUGGACAAACAGUGGGAAUGAUCCCCGCAAACUCCGUGUUGAAAUUUGAUAUCAAAGUGGUCUCUGUUGUCAAAUACGCAGACUUGAGAAAACAACAGAUGGAACACCCUGAAGAGUUCACCAAAACUA